AUGUCUGUAAGUGUUCCGCGAGUUAAGUUCAAUAACGGGUUGACCUGUCCUAUCUUGGGGCUCGGCACAUGGCAGGCAGCGCCAGGCGAAGUGACCCGGGCCGUGAGCCACGCUAUCGACAUUGGCUACCGGCACAUAGACGGUGCACAUCUGUAUUAUAACGAGAAAGAGGUUGGACAAGCGAUCAAGGAGAAAAUUAAGCAGGGCGUUGUAAAAAGAGAGGACCUUUUUAUAACAUCAAAGUUAUGGAAUACAUAUCACAGGGCGGAUUUAGUAGAAAAAGCUGUAAAAAUGUCGCUGUCUGAUCUUGGAUUGGAUUAUUUGGAUUUAUAUCUCAUUCACUGGCCCAUGGCUUACAAGGAAGGCGAUAAUAAUUUUCCAUUGGAUUCCAAUGGGUUAGCGAUUGCUUCUGACGCUGAUUAUGUGGAUACUUGGAAAGCCAUGGAGAAACUAGUUGAAAAGGGAUUUGUAAAAAGCAUUGGAGUUAGCAACUUCAAUUCUGUGCAAUUGACUCGAAUUUUGAACGUGGCUUCGAUUAAACCCGUGACCAAUCAGGUCGAAUGCCACCCGUAUUUAAAUCAAAACAAGCUUUUUGAAUUCUGUAAAGAAUGGAACAUAAUAAUAACCGCAUAUAGUCCCCUGGGCAGCCCCAAACGCCCUUGGGUAAAACCUGGCGAACUUUACUUGAUGGAAGAUCCAAAAGUGAUAACUGUAGCAAAAAGGUGGAACAAAAGUCCAGCACAAGUUUUAAUAAGAUACCAAAUAGAAAGAGGGAUUAUCGUGAUACCCAAAUCGGCGUCUAAAACUCGCAUAGAGGAGAACUUCAAGGUUUGGGAUUUCCAGCUGACAAAAGAUGACAUUGAUCUUCUGGACAGUUUAGAUUGUAGCUGUCGCUUUAUACCACAAUCAGAAGGGCGUGCACAUAAGGAUCAUCCUUUCUCUAAUCCUGCCGUCAUCUUCUAA